AUGCGCCGCAAUGGAAAGCUCUUGAUAUGGGACAGUCCACGUGCCACUGGCGUGGCAAACAAGUCGAGCCUCCGAGCAAACCGCUUUGCCAUCCAUGCAGUUCUGGAGCUUUGGGUCGUGGCCUCUCCGGUCCCCAAGUCCCCACCCAUAGGGUGGUUGCGAGCAGAGGUGAAACGAAUCCACGACUUGCUGACUGCCAAGCCCGAUGUUGUGAGCCAGUACGUGGACGACUGGGGUGCCAAGCGGCUCACGAGUUGGGCCAUAAGACGGUUCAGAACUGGGCAGACCAAUUUUCGGGAUGCACUGCUCCAGCCACUGAUGGAUCUCAUGGUUGAACACUGGGACCCGGAUGAAGGAGGAGAUGGAGAUGAUGACGACCUGAUGGAGAUGUUGGGGGUGGACCAGGGCCUGAUGGACACGGCGGGGCACCUGCAGGGCCUGGUGGGCAUGAUGGUCUUUGAUCUUGGGCCAGAAGACGACGAUCCAUAUGGCUUCUUUGGUAGAGAUGAUGUAACGGUGCACUACUCUGCCCCUGCAAGCCCGGCUUCGCACUGCUCUCAUGGCCCACCGUCGCCUCUCCUGCCAUCAUACUUCGAUCCCGAAGAGCCUGCAUCAGCGAGUACAUCAAAGGAUGAUGCAGAGAUUGUGGGUGCAUGUCAUGUCGGGACUAUUGCGACUCCCUUGCGAAACAUGGAAUCAUGUGCGUGGCCUUCUGCUUGCACCGGCUUGCAGGCAGACACGGUGCCGGAUCACUUAUUCGAUGGGGGAGCAGAAUGCUUUCAGCUGUUAUCCAGCAUGUCAAACAGCGCAGGUUCAGGAGCUUCCCAUGCCAUGCUUGCAAGUGAUGAGUGUGCAAGUGCUGUGCCAAGCCUACCGGCUCCCUCUAUUGCGAGCCCAAGUGAUAUGCCUUCAGCUCGGCCCCCUGAUGCCAGUCAUGACUUAGCAAGCGCAGCAGCUUGCUGUCCUGUGAUGCAUGUGGGUCCUUCUGAUGUGUGUGUGCCAAAGGAUGACUUAAGCACGACAGCUUCCCCUCCCGUGUGUGCAAGUGCUCUGCCGAGUGACGGUUUUAGCUCAGAAGCUUCCCAUGCCGUGAUUAGCAGUGCUGUGUCAGCAAGUGAUCUGCCGAGUGACGGGCUCCGCUCAGAAGCUUCCCGUGCCGUGAUCAGCAGUGAUGUGCCAGCAAGUGAUCCAACGAGUGACGGGCUCAGCUCAGAAGCUUUAUGUCCUGUCAUUCCCAAGGAUGCAUCUGCAAGUGAUCUGCCGAGUGAAGAUUUCAGCUCGCAAGCUUCCGGUCCCGUGAUUCCCAGUGAUGUGUCUUCAAGUGUGCUGAGUGAAGAUUUCAGCUCGGAUGCUUCCCGUCCCUUCGUUUGCCAUGUCUCUGCAAUUGCUCUGCCGAGUGGCGAUUUCAGCUCGGGAGCUUCCUGUCCCGUGCUUCCAAGUGAUGUGUGCUUGAGGUCAGAGGCUCCCAGUACUCCAACAAUGGAUGCGUCCAAGAGUGGCCCGGUAUCUGUGCCCACCUCCUGUCCUGUGGUCCCUGCCUGUCAUACUGUGGUGUGUGCUGACAUUGCACAUGACAUGUCCAUGUGUGAAGCCCCUGCACUGACCAGCAGUGCCCCAAGAGCCUCCGCGCAAACCUUGCAGCGACGUGGGUCCUCCGUCGCUCCUGAGCUGUCGGCGAAGAUUGCACGCUUGCAGGAGUUGAAGGCGCAAAUUGCUGAGAAGCGUGCUGCUCGGAUCUUGGCCGGGAAAGCCCAGAUGGAUUCUGCGCAGAAGGGAGAUGCAGACCCUUCGAACACCGACACCUUGCAGUACGAGGGGACUCAAGUGGCCCAAGCCUUUGUCAGCGCCGAUGCCAAGCAGCUGCCGGAGAUCGAGCAGAAGCCCUCGGAAGAGUUCUCAGUGGAGAACUUCAAGGUCUUUCAUGGGGGAUUUAUAUAG